GCAAUAACUCUGAUCUAGCUGCGCCAUAAUCUACCAGCUUUCAAACCAAACGUUCAAACACUGCUGCACAUUAUUUUGCCAUCAUUAUUAUUGUAGUUCAGAGUACAGUAGUGUGUAAAAACGUUGAUUAUCGUAAAUUUUUAUCACAUUUGUUGUUUUUGAGAGCUCGAAGCGUCGAUACAGCAAAGGACAUUGGCUAGCUAAACUACUUUACAACUUCCUAGACUCUCUUUGCUUAUCACUACUGCACGAGAGAUGAACAUAUGUAUCAAGUCACUCAAGUCGAAAGUGAGAGAGGAGGUGAAGAAACAGGUUGCCUCUCUGUCAGCAUCAGAUAUCGAGAAACAAUCAAAUAGUAUCAUUGAUAAGCUCUUGAAUCUUCAAAAAUACAAGGAAAGCAAUCGGGUCUCAGUUUAUCUUAGCAUGAAAGAUGAAGUACAAACAGACAAAAUAGUUGAAGAUAUAUUAUCUUCUGGAAAAACUUGCUUCAUUCCAUUGUAUACAAAGACAAGUAUGUCUAUGGUGAAGCUGAACUCUAUGGAGGACUUGAAGAGUCUGCCAAAAACGAAAUGGAACAUAAGACAACCAUUGGAAACGGAUGCUAGAGAGGAAGCAAGUGAAAAGGGAAUUGACUUGAUGAUCACACCUGGAUUAGCGUUUUCAAAGGACGGAAUAAGACUUGGAAGAGGAAAAGGAUAUUACGAUCGGUACUUGACUGAAUAUGCUAAGAAAACUGGACACAAUCUAUUUACAGUAGGUUUGGCAUUCCAGCAGCAAAUCAGACCCGACAUCCCAAUAGAAGAAACAGAUCAAAAGCUUAAUCUAGUAAUAACUCCAGAUUGUUCUUGACUGUACAAACCACAAGAAAAUGAAAAUACUAUUAUUAAAAUUCAAUCUUACAAUAUACCAUGAAUGGAAAGAUCCUACUGUAAUUUAUUAAAGAUUUAUAUGCUAUUUA